AUGUCCAGCAGUCUAGGUGUACCUGUAAAACUUCUUCACGAGUCCCUCGGGCAUGUAAUAACAGUUGAGCUUAAGACUGGGCAGCUGUAUAGGGGAAAACUUGCUGAAGCCGAGGACUCCCUCAAUAUCUCGUUAAAAGACAUCACCGUGACCGGGAGAGAUGGUCGUGUCUCGCAGUUGGACCAAGUUUACAUUAGAGGAAGCAUGGUUCGCUUUUUCAUCGUGCCUGAUAUGCUUCAGAACGCACCGAUGUUCAAACGUGUAGGACCAAAUGCAAUGAGGGGUAGGGGUAUCGGUACGGCUCGUGGUCGUGCGACCAUCAUGCGGGCAAAUGCACGCCGUGGUCGUGGGCAACCUGCAGCCCGUGGUAUUCGCCGUUGAUAGUUUUCUUUAGAUGCUUGGUGAAGAGAGCCGUGUGUUUCAUUGUAAAAGUAUCGAUCACAUGUCUGCACUCAUAUAGCAGAACGUUCACUGGGCUGGACGAGCAUAGUAGGUAGGGUGCCUGUCGUAAUACAUUGAUUAUCUGUCCAGCCUGCAC